UCAUCUGCAAACUUGGAGAUGUCACAUUUAAUUCCCUCGUCUAAAUUGUUAAUAUAUUUUGUAAAUAACUGGGGUGCCAGCACCGAGCCUUGCGGCACCCCACUCGUCUCAGCGUGCAAUUCUGAAAAGGACCAGUUAAUUCCUACUCUUUGCUUCCUGUCUGCCAACCAGUUCUCUAUCCAUGUCAAUACCCUACCGCCAAUACCAUGUGCUCUAAUUUUGCACACUAAUCUCUUGUAUGGGACCUUGUCAAAGGCUUUUUGAAAGUCCAGAUACACCACGUCAACUGGCUCUCCCUUAUCCAUUCUACUUGUUACAUCCUCACAAAAUCCCAGUGAUACGGUGAUGAAGCUGUGUUUGAUUACCUAGCCUCACUUCAUAGGUUGGUUGGUUGUCAGUCCAAACAGCAAACUUUGCCUUUGUUGAUUGUCUUUGGUUUCUGAUGGAUUUUUCAGGCAGGAAAGGGUUACGGUAAGUUAUGUAACUGCAGCAAUUGAACAUAUCGGUGGGAGCAGCCAUUUCAUCUCUGCCUGUGACUGCAUUUUGCGUACAGAGGCACUUCUAUAGGUUGCAGUCCAAUUUGUGAGUUGCAUUUUCAGCUUAUAAUGACAGUAGUCAAGAGUGCUUCUUUGCAUGUAGGACAAACAGCACAUAUGAUAUCUUUACCAUAGUUUAUGCAGCAGAACGUUAAAGAGCUGGAGGGGAAAUGCAAAUGGUCUUCCUUUCAUUGUCUUUACAUCUGCAGCCUGGGAUCCUCAAACACAGAGUGCAAGAGGGAGAAAUUGUGAAGGCUUGUGUGAUACCUACUGGAAGACAAGUGGUCACGAUGGAAAUGAAACUAUUACAAGGUUGGAGAGCUGAUGUUUCUCAAGGUGGGAAGGUGAUCGUGGUCUGGCCGCUCCUGUUGCCUGCCCUUCGCUUGUGAUUGGAUCGGAUUUACAUGGAAUGGCGCAGAAUACAAAAGUCAUGACUUUCUACAUGGAGCUGAGGACUGGUCACUCCAGGAAUUGUGUCCAGAUGCCUUCAGAAUCUCCGGGACGGGGCUACCUGAACACAGCUCAGUAUGAAGCCCCCAGCCGGUCACCAUGCCAAUCCUCCUCCGCCAAUUCACUGACAUCCCGGCCCCAUGUGCAGAGACGCAGCCUGCCGCCAGAAGCCAGAAUCGACUUCUUGGGCUUGCCUGGCCGAGAAAGGAUCGGGUCCUCGCUAGUCCGCACGCGAUCGGAGACCAACCCCUUUCGGGAAACGAUCCCCAGCAACCCAGGGAGGUCCACUGCUCCCACCUCCCCGGUGGGAGUCAGGACUCGCUCCUUCUGCCCCGCUACCCUGGAGAAUACAGUAAGAAAGGCGAACUUCAAUACUGGAGGUAAAAGCUCAGUUGUUACUUUCAGCUACAUCGAAAAGGCCAAGGUGAAGACCAUCGUUAAUCCGUUCAACACACCGGUGGUUUCACAAGAAGCAAAACGCCUUUCCACAGCGCAAUUUCCGUCAGCUGGAUAUGGAAGCCCACAAACUGGGCACAAAGCAUUGUCGAGUUUUGUAUCAAAACUGCCUCAGAUGGGAAGUCUAGACAUGGUGACUGUGGAAGCCUCGAGCAGGCCAUCAGAUGGGUUGGUUGCCAGCCAAUGCUUGGUCGACAGUGUUAGUACAAAGUGCCCUGAUGCUCAAGAUUCCCACAUUGGCCUCCAAAAUGGGAACAGGAUAGACCACUUGUUCAUAUCAGAACCGUCACAGACCAGUGGUCAGGACCUGGGAACAAACCCAACGACUGCAUCCACUUUCAGUGAAACAUCCAACUAUAAUAUCGACAUAUCUAAUCACAGCUCAGAGCCAUCAAUUGGAAUGGAGAGUCCAAACAGCCCUGGCUUCAAACAGGCCUACUCUUGUACAUGGGCCAGGGAACACUCCGAGCGUGCUCAGAAGAUCGCAAAGGCCAGACGAGAAUUCUUCUAUGGAACCUCAGAACCGCAGACCCCAGAAGAUAAAGCUGAAUCGGAGAUCCAGCAGACAUUAGCAAAUCCACACGCCGUUGACAAUAAUGAAACAGUGUGGAAAGAGGUGUCCACCGAUGGCACAUCUGGGACUUGGAAGCCUGUCAAUCGCGGCUUGAGGGAGGAGGCCAAUGGUCCAAAGGUCUCUCCUUUGCCAAAUGGGAAUCCCACGAACUGCAAACCAGGAGAUGCAUCCAGAAGGACCAAGUUCUCGGAGACAGACCUGGACGCUGUGCCGGUCAGACGCUACCAGGAAACCAAUCUAGAUGAAGUCAUGGCCGAACACAACAUGGACAGUACAGAGAAGUGCCAGAGUCUGCAACACCCUGGUUCAACAGUUGGAUGUGAUGUCCAGGUGGACUCUCAUUCCAUUUCUCCCGUGUUGUCCAUGCCAGAUGGGAAUCCUGGGAGUGGAGGAGAGAGUGGAGAUGAAGAGUCCAAAGCCCCAGACGAUGAAGUAUUCUACGAGACCACUUCUUCUGCUGCUGACAGGUCACCAGACACAGAGGUCAAAAAUCUGCUUCCAUCUAUGGCCUUGAUCUGCAUUUCCCGGAGCCUGUCUGAAGAGGGCACUGACACCUUCAGCAAACAGUUUGAGUGCAUCCUGGAGUCUCAAUGUGCCAAAGGCACCUCCUACACCAGCCUAGACUCAGUGGAAAUUCUGGCCUCUCCAAAAAGGAGCCAGGGGAAUUACUUCACCUUUGACUUUCCAGCGCUGACCUCGGAAAUCCAGGAGCAGAUCAAGGAGAAUGCCCGUCUGAUUGAAGAGAAGUUUUUACCCUGGACCAGUGCUAAUUUGUCCACGGACUCCAGAGUGGACUCGAGCUGGUCAGGAAGCCCCAGGUCCCAGGUGUCAAGAGUGGAGAGGAAGCCAAGUGCCAACCCAAUGGUGGGCUACAGCAAGUCGGAGAACCUUCUCACCAAGUGCCAACUCUACACAAGCAACAGCUUACUCAAGGGGGUCCGUGAAAUGGACACUGAUGACCCACAGUCAGAUUAUUCAUCUAGAGACAGCAACUUGAACCACUUGGUGAUGGACUCCGAGUCCGAGAUGGACAGCACUGAACAGCUGGCGUUAGGAAGCACGGACACUUUGGCCAACGGCAACAAGAUUGACCAAGAGGCGGCCAAACGGCUGGCCAAGCGCCUGUAUUACCUGGACGGGUUCAAGAGAUCGGACGUGGCUCGGCACAUGGGGAAAAAUAAUGACUUCAGUAAGAUGGUUGCUGAGGAAUACCUGAGAUUUUUCGAUUUCACAGGACUGAGCUUGGACCAUGCACUAAGGGCAUUCCUGAAGGAGUUUGCACUCAUGGGAGAGACUCAGGAGAGGGAGCGCGUGCUGAUCCACUUUUCGCACCGAUACCACCAGUGCAAUCCGGACACCAUCUCCGCAGAGGAUGGGAUACACACACUCACUUGUGCAAUAAUGCUGCUCAACACCGACCUUCACGGGCAUAAUAUUGGCAAAAGGAUGUCUUGUUCCGACUUCAUUACAAACCUAGAAGGACUGAAUGAUGGUAAAGACUUCCCUAAAGAUUUGCUCAAGGUCUUGUACAGUUCUAUAAAAAAUGAGAAAUUACAGUGGACAAUUAAUGAAGAGGAACUCCGCAAGUCCUUGUCAGAGCUGGCUGAUGAAAGGACGAAUCCGAGCUUGAAGACCAUGAAACGCAUCAGCAGUGGCAGUAACCCCUUCCUCGAUAUCAUGCAGGACCCCACAGCAGCCACCUACAAGCAUGGCUUCCUGGUACGCAAAGUACAUGCUGACUCUGACGGGAAGAAAACUCCCCGAGGCAGACGAGGCUGGAAGACGUUCUAUGGAGUGCUGAAGGGGAUGAUUCUCUACCUGCAGAAGGAUGCAUACAAGUCGGAUAAGCAGUUAUCGGAAGAGGAUUUAAAGAACGCCAUCAGCAUUCACCACUCGCUGGCAGUGCGAGCGUCAGACUACGGCAAGAAGCCCAAUGUCUUCUACUUAAAGACAGCAGACUGGAGAGUGUUCCUUCUCCAAGCCCCGAGCUCGGACCUGAUGCAGUCCUGGAUCACCCGCAUCAACCUGGUGUCGGCCAUGUUUUCAGCUCCGCCGUUUCCCGCGGCCAUCGGGUCCCAGAAGAAGUUUAGCCGGCCCCUGCUGCCCACCGCGGUGACCAGGCUGUCUCUGGAGGAGCAGAUAAAGGCUCACGAUGCCCGGCUGAAGGCAAUGACCACCGACUUAGCCGAGCAUCACUCAUUCCCCCCGGACAAGAAGGCGAAGGGGAAAGAGCUGGAGGAGUACAAGCAGAAGGAGGAAUACUUGGAGUUCGAGGAGAUGCGGUUCUGUACCUACGUCUCACUGCUUCGGGCCAAGCUGAAGGCCGGCACCGAUGACCUGGACAAAUUUGAUGCCGCCUUGUUUGACACUGCCGAGAACGAAGGGAACGGCCUGAAGAAGUCACACUCCAGCCCCUCCCUCAACCUGGAGCAGCCGGUGGUGGCCAUCAGGAUCAAACGCAAUACCUCGGAGCGCAGGAAUAAUCGGCACCCUGCGAGCGCCAAGCACAAACUGUAACGCACGGUUGGUCCAACCUUGCGCUGAGACUGCCGCGUGCGUUGUACGUUCGGCGGCAGCUUAAGGACAGUAGUGUAGAGCCAUUGGUAGCUCCUCGUGCUGGUUGGUGAAUGUCUGGCUCAAGCACAGAAUGAUGUAGAUACGAUUCCCUUUGCCAAGUGCAGACACUGUGACUGAGGAUGGUAAGGACUGUGCCUCAGAGCAACACCAUUGGGAAGGGCAGUAGCCAGCUGGCCAGGCCUCGCACCAUCUGCCAAACAGCGAGUCCAAGCCCAACUUGUACUCUGAAUCUGAACUAGGAGCCACUUCUUCCUGCAAAGGCCUCCGUACUUCCCCCUUGAGUGAUGGGGAAGGAAGGACUGCCCUUUGCAGCGUCUGAAAUUCUGGUGUCAUUGUGUCCCCAAUGGUGUGGCUGAACAAACACGUUUGUGUUGGAUAGGGUGGCAUGGAGGCCGGGAGGGGCAGAGGUGAGGGGUGGCGCACUUUGGGUUGUGCUUCCCAUAUUUGGCAGGACCAACUGGAGAAGGCUUCACCCAGUGUGAACUAAUGGACAUGUUCUCCUGACCUGACUUUGAGCCGAUAGCCUUGUCAACACAGCUGUCUUCAAAACUUUUAUUUAUGCUGUGUUUCUCUUCUCCACUCCUCACGCCUCAGCUGUUUGUACCUGCUCUCCCCCCCCUCCCUUGUGAAUGUUAAAUUAUUUCCACAGUUUGUCAGUUGAAUGUGUGUUUCAUAAAACAGGACCUCAGUAUGAAUAGGGGACUGGAUUUAUCAACUCUGUUAGUGCACAUGAUCACGUCACACUGCUUGCACCAGACUCCCGUCUGUCCAAGCCAUUCAAUCCUGCUCUUCUCAGAUAUACUUUGUAGAUGUUCCCAGACCUUGUCAGUGCUGGUUAAUUCUAAAGGCAGAAACUCAAAAACUCUCCAAAAGUUUCAAAUGGUGUAAGAGGGUGAGUGGGGGCGGGUGCACGCCCCGUGUGGCAGCGGCGCAGGUGUGCGCUCUGUGUCACACCACAACAGUGGUGACAGAUGUGCAGUCAUUGUGACAGUGUGACGACGGGCAGAUGUGCACUCUGUGAGGCAGUGGUACACUGUAACAAAGCAGCAGUAAGGGCGGAUGUGUGCUGUGCAACAAUGUGGGCAGAUGUGCACUCUCAGCACGGGCAGAUGUGUGGUCUGUAUGACAAUCUGUGUGCUCUGUUGAGAUUGGAUGAUGGGCAGAUGUGCGCUCUGCGACUGAGUAGGUGUGGGCACUGUGACCUUGCGUUGGGCAGAUGUGGGUUCUUCACACUUGCCCAUCAGCAGUGCUCUGUGAAGUGUGGUGGAAUGGUUUCCCUUGCUGAUCCUCGGGGACCAGUAGACUGGCUUGGAGCUCAGCCUUCCUCAUUGGAUUGGUGCAAGAUGACCACAGACCUGCUGGUCACGUCACUCACACCAUGACAGACACUUGGACCCUGCGUCAGUGAGGAAGAAGUGAUUUGGUGCAUGUCUUACGCACGCAAAAAUACAGAGGGAUAAGGACUGAACCUCAGUGUCUAUAGCCGGGUGCAGGGCGCUCAAUGAAGCAUGUUGAAUUUUAAUAUUUUUUCUCCAGCAUUUGGGCAAUGUUUGGCCCCCAUACAGCAAGACACCCCUGUCUUCAAAUGCCUAAUGUGCAUGUUUUAAAUUUUCUAUUUUGAUUGAAGGUAACCCACAUAAAAUGUGAAAAAUGGGUUGGUAAAUCCUUCAAAGCAAAGAGGAUCUGUCACCCACUGUGGAAUUUGAAGGGUUUUGGUGUUUGACCUGCUCAACAUCCCACAGCUAAGUAUAGAGGCCAAGAAAUGGUGUGAGUGAGCACCAAGAUCUCACUCUGGAUCAGCUGAGCUGGAGACAUGGGAUAGGAAGAUGAUAAGACCUUAAGAGCAGGAUGUGGCCUGUCAAGUCUUCUCCACCAAUCAAUCAUGGCUGAUCUAUUUUUCCCUCUCAACCCAAUUCUCCAGCCUUCUCCCCGUAACUUUUGUUGCCCCUACUAAUCAAGGACUUAUCAAUCUCCACUUUAAAAAUACCCAAUGUGGGUCUCUGCAGCCUUGAAACCAAAGUCUAGUUCAUGUCUGCCGACCUGUUCCUAAAAGCAGAGUCUAUAUUUACUCAUCAGUCACAGCUUUCUGUUUGGAGGAGAGAGGGUGUACUUCAGCCACUGGGAAGACUAAGAGCAGAGGGAAAUGGUGAGUGCUGAUGGUAGCAGCUUGUCCAUUAAGCUCAAGGCUAACAAAAGACAAGGGAGUUGACAUUAUAGUCGGGCGUUUGUGUUCAAUGUGCCUGUCGUCGUGUUUCCCCAUGUUGUUUCCAGCACGGGUUCCAUGUCUCCCAUAUUUGUCCCAGCCGCUAUCUCAAUCCAAUCAUCAAGUGGCCCAAAGGUUCUCCCUCCUAAAGGUUAAGGUCCUAGGAUCCACCCUUAACACCCAUCGUAUGUCGGUGCUGUUGCUUCCCUUCUCUCUCCCUCAUAGCCUUGCUCGCUGCUGUUCCACAUUUGCUGCAGUGCAGUCAGCACUUCUCCUUUGCUCUCCACCUCAUCCACACCCCACUCAUCUGUCCAUCUGGCUUUCUUCUCUCUCUCUCUGCUGAUCCAUCCCAUCAUUGAUUUAAUCUUUUCAUCACCCCCUCGCUGGGUAGUUCCACUGAUCCCACCCUCAGAUACUGCUAAAUGCUGGCAAUCUCUCAGUCCUGAUGCAGGUCUUGACCUGAAAUGUUGGCUCUCGGCUUUUUGCCUCCACAGAUGCUGCUUGACCUGCUGAGUUUCCACCAAUGUUCCAAUGUUGUUUCAUCUCCAGGACCCGACCAUGAAUCUAUUCCAGAGGAAUCUUUAAUAACAAUAAAAAAUGCUGGGCGGGUGGAAAGAGAAACAGUUAAUGUUUCGUCUGAGCAUUAACAAUUAUUUUCCCACAGAUGCUGCCUGACCUGCUGGGUGAUUCGAGCAUUAUGCGUUUUUUAUGUCAGUCUUUAAGCAUCUUCAGUUUUUUUUUAAUUUUCUAUUGCAGGGUUGAAAAUGCAUAACAUUUCUGGUCACUGACCAUUCUCCUGGCCUGCCCCAGGGAAGAGUCGUAAGAUAGACACAAAAUGCUGGAGUAACUCAACGGGACAGGCAGCAUCUCUGGAGAGAAGGAAUGGGUGACGUUUCGGGUCAAGAUUCUGAAGAAGUGCCUGGACCCGAAAUGUCACCCAUUCCUUCUUUAGUUUAGUUUAGAGAUAGAGCACGGAAACAGACCCUUCGGCCCACCGGGUCCGCGCCGACCAGCGAUCGCUGCACAUUAACAUUAUCCUACACCCACUAGGGACAAUUUUUACAUCUACCAAGCCAAUUAACCUACAAACCUGCACGUCUUUGGAGGAAACCGAAAAUCUCGGAGAAAGCCCACGCAGGUCACGGGGAGAACGUACAAACUCCGUACUGACAGCACCCGUAGUUGGGAUCGAACCCGGGUAUCCGGCGCUGUGCCACCGUGACUCUCCAGAGAUGCUGCCUGUCCCGCUGAGUUACUCCAGCUUUUUGUGUCUAUCCAGUUUAAACCAGCAUCUACAGUUCUUUCCUACACAAAGAUUCUUAAGAGUUCAAUCAGUCCUGCGUCACUGCUGAUGCUGACUUCAGUGAAGUGAUUCGGAGAUAUUCUCAUCCCAGUUUCAUUAUCUUCAGUCAUCUCCAUUUGAGAGUAAACUGGUGGCCUUAAUGAGAGGGAUGCAGUGAGGUUGCAGCAGGGACAGAGCAUGUGUAUGUGGUGAAGAGAUGGGUGGAGGGGUGAGAGCAAGUAGCUUGUUGAGGAGAUCAAACGGGAGAAGGAGGAAGGACUUAGUGUAAGAUAGGAAUGAGACUUGAGCUUUGGGGAUUGAAAUCUGUUGCAUCUUGGAGCACCAAAACCCCCUUUUAUUAUGAAGAAGAAAAAAGUGACCCAGAUCCUCAAAAAUCAAUUGAAGGAAUGAAUAGACUGAUUCAUACAAAUGUCAGUGAACCUGGCGACAAGUUUUGCCGCAAGAGGAGCUGUCGCCGUUUUACGUCUUCGACGAAGCGAGGAACCUCUUUGUAAAUGUUGAUAGCUAUUUAAUGAUGACAACCAAUGUAAAACUAAAGGAAUACUGUUCAAUAAACAAAUGCUCCAUUUAAAAUAAAGAGCCUGCUUCAUUCUUUGUGAGUGAUCCUCUAAAGUGGGGCAGCGUUUAGUGUGGCCGGUUGGGGAGAUGUUAGCCAGUGUGCUGAUUCUAUGAUCGUAAUGCGGUUCCCGGAGGUUGCAGGGGGUUGCCGGAGGUUGCAGGUGGUUACCGGAGGUUGCAGGUAGUGGAAGCAGGUAAGGAGACUGACAAAAACCUCCGGGAACUGCACGGAAACCUUGGGUGGGGUGCAGAGUCUCCAGAGGUUUCCGUUCAGGUUUCCUAAGUGGGACAGAGGCGUUAGGGUGCAGGGUUCAACAAUCACAACUGAUACAUUGAUCAGAAUAAUUGAACAUAAAUAAUCAUUUUGCAAUUAUUCCUGUCGAUAUUUGAGCGUGAUAACUUGGGCUGGUUUGGUAAUGCAACAGUCUAGUUUAGAGAGACGGCACGGAAACAGGCCCUUUGGCCCACUGGGUCCCCGCAGACCAGCGAUCCCCGUACACGAACAUCCCACAUAUGCUAGGGACAACUUACAAACCACUUAAACUACAAACUUGUACAU